UGGUACACCCCCCCUGAACUGGAACUGUUGAAAUACAGACCAGGUGCUGAGUUCAAAAUCCACCAGAAGCAGAUGAGUAAGGUACAACAGUUCUAAAAUACCUAGGGGAAAGAAAAGAAAAAACCGUACGACUCUUCAGAAGUAUCAUCGAAAAAUGGAUGACUCUUCAGAAGUAUCAUCCAUUUGUGUGUGAAGUAUAUGGAGUUGGAAAACCCACAUACUGUCUGCCUGCAUGGCAGCAAAAGAUGGAAAGCAGGGCAACAGUUCAUCCAAAAGAUGGAAGUCACAGCGGAGGCCACACGCCGGAAACCCGUCGAAAACGGUCACAGCUGCGUAAUCAGGUUCUAUCCUUUGCCAGUCCUUAGCCAAACAAUUCAUUGUCCACGCGCAUCUCAGCCCAAUGGAAUGGCAGUGAAUCUAACAUCCAUAAUUGUGGCGGUACUCUUUAUGUAUGCAGCGCAUGAAGGAACCACCGCUGCAGAGCUCUUGCAUGGAGGAAAUCGGCGGUUGCGCCAUCAGGUUCUAUUCUUUCCGGAACAGGUCCUUGUCGAGACAUAUCUCAGGCUGAUGGAUUGGGAGCGGAUCUGGCAUCCGUCGUGGCGGUGCUCUUUACGUAUGCAGCGCACGAAGGAGCAACGGCUGCAGAGGUCGUGCAUCGUGGAGGAAAUCAGCGGUUUCGUUGAUCGCACUUUAUACUCUUUUUGUAUGGAGUGCAUGAAGAAACCAACAGCGACAGGAGGAAAUCAUCAUCAAGAUCUGGUGAAGUUAUCUGAGGCUGAGAAUACUCUUUUCUUGUGCAUGGGGUGUGAGAAGGAACCACAGCCAUAGAGGUUUUCUGGUGGCAGAUAUCCUCUUUCUUUUUGUAUGGGGUGUGCGAAGGAACGAACAGCCACAGGAGGUUUUGAGUGGGGGAAAUCACCAGGUUCCGGCGGCGGAUCGUGCUGAUGCCGUUCUCCAUGAUCUCAAGCAACCUUGUUAGUCUCUUCAGCCAAGCUUGCCAACUCAACAAAAAAUGCUUUGGAAGAUCUCUCAUCUUCCGAGAUGUAUCGAAGGAAGAAGCUUCGUGUCUUUCUUUGCUCAGCUACUGCAUCAUGUCGUGGUCGAGGAGAUAACUCCACCGUCUGGUUGGCGUAAGGCCAUGUUGCUACUGACCAGAGUCAAGGACACGAAAACCACAUAGUUACGAAUGUGGUAAUCCAAGGGUGAAGGACAGGUCCACCGGCAAUGGUGCAGUUGUUAGAGGAACAUGCUGGUCGUCACUGGGUGCACUGUACCCACAUCUAUUGUACACUACUAUAAUGUAGAAUUUUUUUAGCAGAAAAGAUAGGAGGUGCUGAUUGUGCCUCUUCUUUUUCGUUCCCAAAUUGAAUAUCAGAGUAAAUUUCAGCGAACGCU